AUGAUUUUUCAAAUAUAUCUUGUAGCAGGCUAUACUUAUGAAUUAAAUCUCGAAAAUAUAAAAAAAAUUCCUUCAUUAAUUUUUAAUAAUGAUAUUUAUAUGAAACAAUAUUAUGAUCCUCUUCGACAAGUUUAUUGUAUUUCACGUAAUCGUUCUUUUUUUGAAAUACUUGUUUUCUAUAUAAAUCAUGGAAUCUUAUCAAGACCUAUUGAUAUACCACUUGAUUUAUAUAUUGAAGAACUGAAUUUUUACUUCAUAGAUAAUGAAUUUUUAUCAAAAUUAAAACUAACAUAUGAUAUUCCUCAAAUAUCCGAUACAACUGAAAUUCGUUAUUUACCUCGAUCAUCAAUAAAAAAAUUACUUUGGCGUUCAAUGGAAUACAAUGAAACUUUCUAUGGUCCAUUAUAUCGAUUUAUUUUUGGUAUAAUUUGUUUAUGUUCAAUAUUUUCAUUGAUGUAUGAUAUAAUUAUUACAAGAAAUAAAUAUUUUCUUGAAUUUAUUGAAAAAUAUCGUGGUUAUAUACAAAAUUCUAUACAUCCUGUUAAUAUAACUGUUCAGUUUAUUGAUUAUCGUCCUGAUAUAAAAUCUUUAACAUAUACAAUUGAAAUUAUUUUUCUUUUUCUUUGGUUUAUUGAAUUGUUUUUACGUAUAUAUUCAACACCGAAUUUAUAUCUUUGUAUAAAAUCAAUUUUUUUCUGGAUUGAUGUAAUUAAUAUAUUAAAUACAAUUGUUUAUGGAAUAUUAAGUUUGAUAUAUAAUCGUCAAAAAGAACCUUUAACAAAUCAUAUUAAAUCAAUGACAUUAGCUUUUCAAUUAAUUGAUAUUAUUAAAACAUUGAGAAUGAUUAAACUUGGAAGAUAUCAUCGAUCAAUUAAACAUCUUAUAGAAUCAUUUGGAAAAGCUUCAAUAGAAUUUCUAACAUUAUCUGUUGUUUUAUUAGGUACUAGUUGUGUGUUUGGUACAAUUAUUUAUUCAAUUGAACGAACAACAAAUCCAACAUCAACUGUACUUUUUCCUAAUGUUGGUACAAGUAUUUAUUAUACAAUAUUAGCAAUAACAAAUGUUGGUUUCGAAGGUUUUCUACCAUCGACUUAUUUAGGAAAAUGGAUUGCUUGUGCAGCAAUUACUAUUGGAAUUUUAUCAAUUGCUUUAACAUUACCAUUGAUUUUAUCACCAUAUAAUCGACAAUUACUUAUUAAAAAGAAUCAUAUUAUUUAUCGAGAUGAAUUCGAUACAGAAAUUUCGAAUGAUAAUUCCGAUAUAAAAUCUAUUCGAAAAUAUUAA